AAAUCUGAACGUUCACACAAACCAAUGGCAAAAUCUAUCCAGGGACACACACUUCGUUAGACUCUGACAUAGUUUUUAAUAAUUAAUUAAUAAUUAAUAAUUAAUUAAUAAGUUGGAUUUUUUGGGGGAAGUAGAGAAGAAAUUGUGUGAUUUAAGCAAAAUGGGCAGACGUAGAACUGAGGACAUGAUGUACCCUACCAUUGCUGAGGAGAAGGCCAGACAUAAGAAGAAACGUCUGGUGCAGUCCCCUAAUAGCUAUUUCUUGGAUGUCAAAUGCAUGGGGUGCUACAGGAUCAGUACCAUCUACAGUCAUGCCCAGACAGUGGUGUCUUGUGCUAGCUGCUCAAUAAUCCUCUGCAGGCCCAGCGGAGGCAAAUGCAGGCUAACUACGGGAUGUGCCUUCAGAAGGAAAUAUUCCUGAGCGGAAAUGUGGCAGCACACACCCUGACUGGCAAGAUCACCGACAAAUAGGAGUGUGUCAACGGCUACGGAUGCAUUGGUCGGACAAAUUAAAUAAUCGCAAAUCGAUUAAAUCUACAAAAGCAAAGUCAAAAAACAGUUGACGUUUCUGUAAAACAUUUAUUAGGUGACAUGGAGGGAAUUUGGUCAAUUAAGUACUUCAAAAUGUAUUCAAUAAUAAUUGGUUGCAUUUUUAAAUGACCCUUGCAUGAGAUGACAUUUAAAAAAAAAAAAAGUGUUGACCAUUUAUUGUGCGUGUUGUGAGUUUUCUUUGGUCUUGAAAGUUCCCCUGGCAUCAACAAGUGAUAAAAAAAAAAAAAAAUGAGGCAGAGCUAAACCUAACAUUAUUCUUUUAUAUACAAUAAAGAACCGCGAGUGAUCUGAUUUGAUAAUGUUUCCAGUAGUUUGGGGUUACACUUGCAUUUGUAAUCAAAAUAUUGGCAACAUGAUUGCAAUUUUAACUCAUAGGUAAUAUAGGUAAUACUUUUGAAUUAAUUUUAUUGUACCAGACAGACCUAAAGAAAAAAAAAAAAAGCCCAUUAUGACACGCGUUUGACUGACAAUAGCUGGAUUUCACCACAGGGUGGCGCUUAUGAGUCAUGCCGUCAUUGAGUUAAAAAAAAAAAAAAGACUCAAUUUCAAAGUGAACAAUUCUUGUUUAAAGUGGUCAAAAUAAA